AUGAAGUGCGCCUAUUUCCCACACCUCCUGUUCCUCCUGAGUCUCCUACCCCCCUUUGCAACCGUUGCAUUAAGAACAACAUGCCUUGAUAUGCAGAAACAUAAGGGGUACCAAUUCUUAACCCGCCGAGUGGUGUUUUCCUCCCAAAAAAGAUCAAGCGGGGAAAAAUAUAAACAAAGGAUCGGAAAAAAAUUAAAAGAAAAGCUAUGCGCAGUGGAAGAAAACAAAAAUAAAGAAAUCGAUGGGAAAUACAUUUCGUUUGUCAUGUCAUACGAUACUGGUGACACUAUUAACAUUGAGGAAAUAAAAAAUGUACUUCCACAUAGAUAUCCAUUCCUCUUGGUUGACAAGGUAAUCCAUAUAGAAAGGAAUAAAAAAAUAAUUGGCAUCAAACAAGUUUCCGCUAAUGAAGAAUUUUUCAAUGGCCAUUUCCCUGCCAAGGCUAUUAUGCCUGGCGUCUUACAAAUAGAAGCUUUAGCCCAAUUGGGGGGGAUACUAUGUCUCACAAAUGAAGAGAAUCGUGGGAAGGACAAUUUAUUUUUAUUCGCUGGGGUGGAUGGCGUUCGCUGGAAGAAACCAGUCGUUCCAGGCGACACGCUCGUAAUGGAAGUGGAACAAAUUUCUUUCAAGCCGACCCUCGGGGUUGCCAAACUGCGGGGAUGCGCCUACGUGGGCGGGCAUGUCAUUCUGAAGGUUGCCGAAAUGACCUUCGCAUUAGCAAGAUGA